AUGUUGACAGAGUUUGACCCUGUUGUCCAAGAACAUGUUAAACACAUCACAAAUGAUGAUAUUCACAAUCAUUAUCUUGGACAUAACAUCCAAAAUGAGUUAAUACUUUUGCUUACUUCUGCAAUCAAAACUGAAAUCAUUAAAAAAGUUAAACAAGCAAAGUAUUUUUCUGUGAUACUUGAUUGUACUCCUGAUGUUAGUCAUCAAGAGCAGAUGUCCUUAAUAUUGAGAUAUGUGGAUGUUUCUUCACAUUCGGUUAACAUUGAAGAAUCUUUUUUUAGGAUUUUUAAAUCCAUUGUUUCUCUUACUAAGCGAUUUGAACAAUAUGAAGAAUAUGAAAACAUUUUUGGUUUCUUGUUUGCUUCUGAUAAGCUCCAAUCAUUAGACAAUACAUGUUUGAAGUCUUGUUGUAGUCAUUUUGAAAAGGCAUUGAAACAUAAUGAAAAAUAUGAUAUUGAUGGAAAUGAAUUAUAUGUGGAGUUAAAGUUAUUAAGAGAAAUCUUGCCUAGGGAAAAAAUGAGAGCUAUUGAUAUAUUAAAAUUUUUGAAAGGCGUAGAUUGUUUUCUUAAUACAAUUAUUGCGUACAGAAUUUUAUUGACUAAUCCUGUGACAGUUGCUUCUGCAGAAAGAAGUUUUUCAAAAUUGAAGUUGUUGAAGUCUUACCUGCGGUCUACCAUGUUACAAGAAAGACUUAAUGGAUUAGCAUUGAUCGCGAUUGAAAAUGAUGUUUUAGAAACUGUAAAAUAUGAAAAGAUGGUUGAUAAAUUCGCUUCAAAAAGUGUACGAAGAAUGACCUUUUUUAAAUAG